UGACGAUGUUUAAGACAAAGACGUGGGAAAAGAAGGAAGAAGAAAGAAGGAAGAUUUCAUUGGUAUAACCAUCGGAAGGUGAGCAGAUGAACGGAGAUGAAGGAUAAGACUACCGUGGCCGGUCGAUGAUGCCGGAUGUGGACUGCGGUCUCUGUCAUGCAUCAGCAAUUCACAUCUCUUCGGCCUUAUUGUCUGUAUCAAGGAAAUCUUGGGAUCUCACGUCGAGGGACGCGAUAUCACACAUCAGGACCAGAAUCUUCGCGAUUAAAGAGCCACGCCAGCCAUCGCGAGAGCCCGCGUACAAUGUGAAUCCGAACGGAAUCGCCAGCGAAGUCCACCAAGCCGAUCUUGAGUGGCCAUGGCGCGGAACAGGCGCUCGAUGGAGCGGAACUACCAGUCACCUGCUCGCUUCCGGCACGCCGCUGCGGUCAUCCUCUCGCCGCGCAGCAUCUCAUCUGACCCCUCUGACUAUCUUCUGAAUAUCUCCGCCGUUCUUGUGUGUCCGUCUCUCUCCCACUCGCACUCUCAUUUCUUAGUUUCCGUCCCGCUUCUCGGUCUGCUCGAGUGCACGUCCGCGCGCACUCCGACCGCGUUGCCGAUCGCGUACGCUUGCACGCUGCGCUUUCGUGCGUA